AUGGCCGUCGCGACCGGCCAGCAGACCGUCUCUGUAAUCACAAUCCCUGAGCAUCGGUACGACCACAGCCGCGACACCCGUUUCGAAAUGAGACUCCGCCGUGAAAGAGGAGUAGACAGCUGGAAGCCGGAGGUCAACGUACAGAAACAUCGUGCGCCGAGUUUGUUUGCCUAUUGGGGUUUCCUGGAGGGCGGCCGGGAGGAGGCCAUGGUAGAUCGAGAGUUAUGA